ACCGGAUUUCGACACGGAAGUACUUUCCCUGACCCGGAUGUGCUCAAUUUCUAAAACUGCUUUGUGGCAUUUAGCGCUGUUGUUGUUCUUUAUUUAGUUAAUAAAGUAAAGUUUAGUUUAAAGUGGCUUGAACUUCAUUCAAAUAAUAAAAAAGUAUUGGAUACUGACGUUUUUUUUAUGAUUCAUUAAAUGCCGAAAAGCGCGCAACGAAAGCGUAAAUCUGGUUCUACAAAAAACCGCCACACAGCAAAGCUAACCCGGCUAGCUAAACAGCAGGUAUGAGUCUGGCAGGAAGCCGUGAACCCAGAAAGACUGCGGGAAACCGCAUGUCGAAGCUUCUGGACGCCGAAGAAGAGGACGAGUUCUACAAGACGACCUACGGAGGAUUUCACGAUGAAUCUGGAGAUGACGAAUAUCACGGGGAGCAUUCAGACACUGAGGAUGAGGUUGACAGUGACUUUGACAUCGAUGAAGGUGAUGAGCCAGACAGUGACCAAGAGGAAGACGCUCCUCGGAGGAAAAGCAGGGUCGUUACGAAAGCUUACAAGGAACCCAUAAAGGUGGCCAAACCCAAACCUAAGAAACCCGUUGAAGAGCAGAGAAAGACUGAGAAAACCCGCGUGGAUCUGAGGAGGAGGAUUCCACAAGAAUUCCAAGACUUUGCAGAAACACGUAAGUCAGUGCGGCAGUCCACCAGCGAGCACACGAGGAAGACCAACCUGCGCCUGCAGGAGCGCCAGGAUGCUCCACGAAGACGCAGAGGAGCCCAUCGAGAUCGACCCCUCACCCAGGAAGAGCUGCUGGCAGAGGCCCGGCAAACAGCAGAACUCAACAUCCGAUCUCUUGAAAACUAUGAACGUCUGGAAGCAGACAAGAAGAAACAAGUCCACAAGAAGCGGCGAUUCGAGGGUCCAACUAUCCGCUACCAUUCAGUGCUCAUGCCCAUCGUCUCCCACUCUGUCCUGAAGGAGGAAAACGUUGAUGUGGAGGGGUUGGAUCAGGACGUUCCUCCGACAGCGCCGCAGAAUCCCGCCACCCCUUCCCAGCAGCCGACCGGAGGCCUGUGCUCCCGGACUUACAUAACCUUCAGUGACGACGAGGCGUUCGAGGUGGCCUUUCCCCGCACCGCCCACUGCGGCCCCCAGCAGCCCGUUCAGGAGAUUUGCCCCGUUACCCACAAGGCCGCUCUGUACAGAGACCCCGUCACAGACAUUCCCUACGCCAACGCGCGGGCCUUCCGCAUCAUCCGAGAGGCGUACCGUAAAUACGUGGCUGCUCACGGCUUUCCCAACACGUCGGGAGGGGGGACGUCGGGGGACUCUGGGGCUAUGAAGGGUGCCCGACCAAAAUUGUCUAUCAAACAAACAGGGGUCGCUUCCUAGUUACAUUUCUUUACUACGUUGGUUCUCUUUCGUUCAGAAUUCUUUGGAUUACAGAUGUUUGUUUUUCUCUGGAUUUCUGUAGGAAUUAAAUAUUUUCACAGGAAAACCAUAAAAACGGGUUCUUUCUGAGUGUAAAAGUGCAAUUUACACAAAUUCAUGAAUCAAAACAAAAAGUAUAAUAAUAACAUAAGAAAAAAUUCAUUAUUUCCAGUUUUGUUUUUUGUAAUGUUUUUAUGUCAUUUUUCUUAAUGUCAAGAUGUUUUUUUCAUUGUGUCCUUAAAUGUACAAACAUGUUUCCACUAACAAGUAAAUAUUUUAAACAAAC